AUGGCGGCAACUGCGGUGGCAGCGGGGUCCGGGCCGGCGGAGGGGACCGAGUUUGCCGGGGGGUCCCCCGGCCCGGCGGCGGCCCUGGAGCUGUGGCUUAAUAAAGCCACAGACCCCAGCAUGUCAGAACAGGACUGGCCUGCUAUCCAGACUUUCUGUGAGCAGGUGAACACUGAUCCCAGUGGCCCAACCUACGCACCCUGGCUGCUUGCCCACAAGAUCCAGUCUCCACAAGAGAAGGAAGCUCUCUAUGCUCUCACGGUGCUGGAGAUGUGCGUGAACCACUGUGGAGAGAAGUUCCACAACGAGGUGGCCAAGUUCCGCUUCCUGAAUGAGCUGAUCAAAGUGUUGUCCCCAAAGUACUUAGGGUCUUGGACUACAGAAAAAGUUAAAGCAAGAGUCAUUGAAGUGCUCUUUAGUUGGAUGGUCUGGUUCCCAGAAGAUAUCAAGAUCAGAGAUGCGUAUCAGAUGCUGAAGAAACAAGGAAUCAUAAAGCAAGACCCUAAGCUACCAGUGAACAAGAUCUUGCCCCCACCUUCUCCCUGGCCCAAGAGUUCCAUUUUUGAUGCUGAUGAAGAAAAAUCAAAGCUUCUGACACGGCUUCUGAAGAGCAACCACCCUGAGGAUCUUCAGGCUGCGAACCAGCUCAUCAAGAAUCUGGUCAAGGAGGAGCAAGAAAAGGCAGAGAAGGUGUCCAAGAGGGUCAGCACAGUGGAGGAAGUCCGCAGCCAUGUGACGGCCUUGCAGGAAAUGCUGACCGCACACCAGGGGCCAGGCCAGAGCCCCCCGGACCAGGAAGCCCUGCAGGUCGUGUACGAAAGGUGUGAAAAGCUGCGGCCUACCCUGUUCCGGCUGGCGAGCGAAACCAUGGACGAUGAUGACGCGCUGGUGGAGAUCCUCCAGGCAAAUGACCUCCUUACCCAGGGCGUUCUCCUGUACAAGCAGGUGAUGGAGGGCCGUGUCACCUCCGGGAACCCCAUGACCAGCCCAGUGGAAGACAAGCCGGUACCCAAAGACUCUCAGAAUCCAGCAAGCUGCCCCUUGAUUGACUUGGAGGGAUCUGAUCAUGCUGAGACUCUGGUGCCGUCUUUACUUCAUCAGGACCUGGCAGCCUUAGGGAUCAAUGAUUCCCCGGAUACAAACAAGGUUGCUCGUGAGAAUUGCUGUAAGGAAAUGAGGACCCCCACCCCCAGCACACUGCCAGGUGGUGGUGUGCUGAGUCCUUCUGCAGAAGGGAACUUGCUGGAUCUGCUCUCACCACAGCUCUCUCCAGGCCCUCUGAAUUAUGCUCCCCAGAAAAGUAUCCCCAAGGAAGUACCACUCAGUGCUUCCUCCCUGGGUUGGUCCUGGGAGACUGGCUCACCAGCUUCUUCAUCUUCCCAGAAUAUACCUCUGGCUCAAGUAUUUGUUCCUCUAGAGUCUGUUAAGCCUAGUAGCCGGCCUCCUGUAAUCGUGUAUGACCGGAAUGGAUUCCGAAUUCUGCUCCACUUCUCUCAGACUGGGGUCCCUGGCCACCCAGAAGUCCAGGUGUUGCUGUUGACCAUGAUGAGCACUGCCACCCAGCCGGUGUGGGACAUCAUGUUUCAAGUAGCUGUGCCGAAGUCAAUGAGAGUGAAGUUACAGCCGGCGUCCAGCUCCAAGCUUCCUGCCUUCAACCCUCUGAUGCCUCCCACCAUGAUCUCUCAGCUGCUGCUGCUUGAAAAUCCACACAAAGAGCCCAUCCGGUUGCGGUACAAGUUGACCUUCAAUCAGGGCGGGCAGCCUUUCAGUGAAGUAGGCGAGGUGAAGGAUCUUCCAGACCCGACCAGCUUCGGUGCAGCCUAA